AUGUCGCCGCGACGAAGCUCACGCCAUUCGCACGGCGAAGCUUCGCCUGUGCAUGGUCGCUCGCAGCGCAAAGCGGCGCAAGGUGCUUUUUACAAGCAAUAUUUUGAAGAGGGCGAGCUGGACGAGAUGGAAGACACGUACGAGGCUCCGGAGCAUGAGCCCAAGAGGGAGGAUGCUUCGCCGGAAACGAUCCGGCCUGUGCGUUAUACACGCAGUGGGCGACGGACGACGAGCUACGUCGAGCCUUCGUGGGACGACGACGAGGAAGCUACUGUGCAUGCACGGCCACGUCGAUCGACGCGUGUGAGUAAGAGUCUGCGAGACUUUGUUGCUUCGGACGAGGACGAAGAAGAAGAUGACAAUGCGGACUAUGCAGAGACGAUUCGCGCACGGCAUGCCAAGGAGCGAGCUGAGCGAGCUCGGCGGCGUGAGAACCUGAUGAAUUUGGCCGCCUCACGCUCGUCACGUCGUCUUGCACAGCAGGCGGGCAGUGAGUCGUCGGCGGAAAGUGAUGAUCAUGAAGAGCCUGAGCACCGUUCAUACAGUUUUCGGGCGCGUAAGAAGAUCAAUUACUCUCUCGUUGCACCGCCGGCCGAGCCGCUGCGUGACGGCUUUGGACGACGCAUUCGUCGCACAUCAUCACGGUCGCACUCUGUACGCGCGACUGAGCGCGAUCACGACAACGAUGGGACGUACACCACGCGAUUCCCACGACUGCCGAGCCUGCCGUUCUCUUCACUGCCGCGACAGCGCUCAGGGCGUGAAGGCUGGGACGGUUUGCCGCUUUCUAUGACAGGCAAAGACUAUGCAGAUGCCUUUGGCGAUAUGGACAGCUCGGAUGACGAGCCACCACGCGCCAAUCUGACUGGCAACACAGGUGGGCACGUGUUGGGGGGUGCCAGUGCCAACUCCAUGCUGGAAAACGGGCCUGCGCCCGCGCCCGGUGGUGGGCUGGGCUCCUCGACCGAUGCGUUUGGACGCCUUACGCGCGAAAGUGAUCCAUUGGCCGAUAUCGAUCCGCUGGGCGUGAACAUGGACGUGAACUUUGACCAAGUCGGUGGUCUGGAAGACCAUGUGCAGCAGCUGAAAGAAAUGGUCAGCUUGCCUCUUCUGUACCCAGAAGUCUUCCAGCGCUUUGGAGUGACGCCGCCUCGCGGUGUGCUGUUCCAUGGGCCACCGGGGACGGGCAAGACACUUGUGGCGCGUGCGUUGGCCGCGAGCUGCUCCACGGAUGGCCACAAGAUCAGUUUCUUUAUGCGCAAAGGCGCUGAUUGUCUCUCAAAAUGGGUCGGUGAGGCGGAGCGGCAAUUGCGGUUGCUGUUUGAGGAGGCGAAGCGGUCGCAGCCCAGCAUCAUUUUCUUUGAUGAAAUUGAUGGUCUGGCGCCUGUGCGCUCCAGCAAACAGGACCAAAUUCAUGCGAGUAUCGUGAGUACUUUGCUAGCGCUCAUGGAUGGCAUGGAUGGCCGUGGCCAGGUUGUUGUGAUUGGCGCGACGAAUCGGCCUGACUCGAUUGAUCCUGCGCUGCGCCGACCAGGCCGCUUUGAUCGUGAAUUCUACUUCCCUCUCCCGUCACGGGCAGCGCGUCUAAGUAUCAUAUCCAUUCACACGAGUCGAUGGGAGCCACCGCUGGACGCGGCCCUUCAAGAGGUUCUCGCCGAUGCUACAAAUGGCUUUGGUGGCGCAGAUUUGCGAGCGCUCUGUACCGAAGCCACGCUCAAUGCCAUUCAGCGCAGAUACCCACAAAUCUACCGAACCACAGAUCGACUUCUUCUGGCCCCAGAGACCAUCCAAGUGGACGGCCGCGACUUUAUGCUGGCCCUGGAGAAAAUGGUCCCGUCGUCAGCACGAUCGACCAAGGCCGCAUCGUCGCCCUUGCCGCCGCAUAUGACGCCGCUCUUGCGGGCUUCCGUCGACACGUGCGAAGCGCUUCUGCAGCGCAUUCUCCCGCGUCGUGCGAAGCGCAAUGCUCUUGACGAAGCGCUGUAUGAGACCGAGUCACACUGGCCGGAUCAGGCUCCUGUCACUGCGGCAGGUAUGCUGGAGCGCGAACUGCUGCAGCAGUCACUGGCCCAGGCUCAGGUGCAUCGUCCACGUCUUUUGCUUCACGGCAAGGCGGGUAUGGGCCAGCGUCUGGUCGCUGAAGCCGUCCUACAUGCGCUGGAAGGCUACCAUAUCGUUACACUCACCGCCGCGCAGCUGCUUGGCGAUAGCACGCAGACGCCCGAGUCGAUACUGGUGCAGCAGUUCCAGGAAGCGAAGCGUCUUAUGCCGAGUGUGGUGUAUGUGCCGGAUGUGGAUCGCUGGCCACUGCUGCUCACGGACCAGGUGCGAGAGGUGGUGGGCGCUUUGUUGCACGGCUUGCAGGCCAGCGAUGCGAUGAUGCUCUUUGCUACGAGCGAAGUGCCAUGGACAGAGCUUCCGCACGAUAUCCAAGGCUGGUUUGGCUACCGACCCCUGCAUAAAUACGCGCUCACGUCCCCUAGCGAUGUGCAACGUACAUUGUUUUUCCAGGACGUGGCACGACAAGCUGCCCGGCCUCCGACGGAGUUUGCCGAUGCCAUGCCACGCAAACGCCGCGUCCUCGAAGAGCUACCGAAAGCGCCACCACGUCCGCCACGUAUGCCUACGACGGUAGAGCUGAGCCAGCAAGUGGAAAACGAUGCGCGGUUGCUCGAGCAUCUCAAGUUCCGACUAGGCACUAUCCUCUCGGAGCUGCGCAAAAAGUACAAAAAGUUCACGCGCGACGUAUGGGACGAAUACAAUCUACGUGAGCUCAUGGAGCAGUUUACAUGGCGCCGCGAGAAAGGCAAGAUUGUCAUUACCCUGCGGUACGAUCGACACGCAUCGCACGAGUCGGAGGCGGAGGCGGCGUCCGAGUCGGACGUGGAGGCUGGAGCGGAAGCAGAAGCGGGCGCGGACGCGGACGCGGAUGCGCCAGCCUCGCCGCCUGCUGCGCCAGCGCCGCAGGAUGAAGCUGAGCUGGAGCCAUCCACCACGACGGAGGACCCGGCUGAUGAGGCGAUGCGUGACGACGUCCCGUCGCCGGCGGACAAAGCGGAGGAACGUUAUAUCCUUCGUGACUUUACCAUAUAUACCAUGUCGCUGGACAAGAUGCAAAAACGACUGUACCACAAUCAAUACCUGACAUGCGACGACUUUAUGGCCGAUCUCAACAAGAUCGUCUCCAAUGCCGAGGAGGCCAGUGAGGUGGAUGCAGACCGUGUGUUCCGUGCACACCAAAUGCAGAAUUUAGCGACGAUCCUCAUGGAUCAGUACGUGGAGUCUUCGUUCCGCACCGAGUGUCAGGCCAUGGCCCAGCGUGUGCUUGCGCGUGAAGAGCAAGCACGCAAAGAGGCAGAAAAGAAGAAAGACGAGUUGGUGCAUCAUCGACGGCCCGAUGGUGUGCGAUACAGUGCGCGUGUCCAAGGCGAAGAGCCGGAUGCACGGCAUUUGGUGGACGUGUCGACCAUUGAGCGGGCUACGAAGCGCGCACGGACAACGUCGCGACCCGGCAGUGAAGAGCCUGCCGAGACAGAGACACCUGGCCCAGCGCCUAUGCCUAUGGAAGAACCGGCUAGCACCUUGGAGCCUGCCAUCGAAGCAGAGCCUGUGCCACAUCGCUCCGCUUUGCUGGACGAUGCUGCGCAAGCGUCCCUAGUCGCCUCGCUGGUGGAUCUCACUCAAACACUCAACGUGGAACAACUGGAACAGGCACGAGCUGCGUGCUAUGAACGGAUCAUGGCCCACCGCGCCUCAUGGGACCGAGCUCCUCUUCUUCACGACCUUGUAGACGUGGUGCGUGAACUGUCGCAGGCGAUCCACGCCGCACAGACGAUCGUACCUUCUUCGUAG